AUGUCCAAACCAACCGCUGCAACAUCCGACACGGCCUUCCGCAAAACCUGGGACCGCGAAGAAUACGCCAAAAAAGCCGCGGACGAAGAAAGCAAACGCAAAGAAGAAUCCAAAGCACGCUAUGAAGCCAAACUCCUCGGCAAAAAAUGGCACGCGCCGGUCGACUACAGCUCUUUGGAGGCCACGACGUCCCGAAAACAGCGACUAGAUGUGGCGUCGAUGGUGGGCAAGACGACGAUUGUGUCGGCUGGGUCGGCGGUGGGCAAGAGAGGCCGGGGAGCUGGUUUCUACUGUGGGGACUGUGAUCUUACUUUCAAGGAUAAUUUGCAGCUGGUGGAGCAUUUGAAUAUAUACCCUCGGCGUUCUGGUUUCUUUCUGAACAUGUUAUGGGCCUUCGAUUGGAUCUUAAAUUAA